CGCUCCGCUCGUGUAUAUCUGACAGCUGAAGAGAGGCUGUUGAACCCGGUUACCUUCACCGUCCCGACACAUUCAGCGAUGGAAGCAUUAAUACUCUUCAUUCAGAGUCAAAGAGGAUAACGCCUGCUGUGUUGUUAGCCUUAUAGUGGGCUAAAUAUCCGCUUGUUUGUUUGUGUUUUGAAAGGAUCGGGAUCGAGCCUGUGAGAUGGAGAAUUCUGGAGAGUCUAAAUGGACAAAGUCAGAUGCGAGCUCAGAGCCUUUUCCCUACUGUUGCUCAGCCUGUGAUAGCAGUGAGGAGCCUUUCCGUGGAAAAGUCUUCCGGAACAGAACUAAAGCCAGGAGUAUGUCUACGCCAUCAGCACCUUGCUCUGCUAAGUUCAGGAGGACACAGUCACUUCAUGGACCAAGCCCUGUCACCACAUUUGGGCCCAAAGCCUGCAUGCUGAAAAAUCCUAAAGCUGUCAUGCAUAUUCAGGAUCCAGCCAGUCAGAGGUUGACAUGGAACAAGCCACCCAAAAGUGUCCUUAUUAUAAAGAAAAUCAGAGACGCCAGUCUGCUACAGCCUUUCAAAGAACUCUGUGUUUUCCUGACACAGCAAAAAAAUAUGAUUGUUUAUGUGGAGAGAAAAGUCAUUGAAGAUCCAGCCAUUGCUAAUGAGGGCUUUGUCUCUGGCAAGAAGAACUUUUGCACUUUUAGAGAAGAUUAUGAUGAUAUUUCCAAUUGUGUCGACUUCAUCAUUUGCUUGGGAGGAGAUGGGACUUUGCUGUAUGCUUCCUCUCUCUUCCAGCAGAGUGUGCCUCCAGUCAUGGCCUUCCAUUUGGGUUCUCUGGGCUUUCUUACACCAUUUAACUUCGACACAUACCAAUCUCAGGUCAACCAGGUUAUAGAAGGAAAUGCUGCAAUCAUUUUACGCAGUCGUCUGGAAGUGAAGGUAGUGAAAGAAUGCAGAGAGAAGGAACCUGUGGAAGAAACGAGUUUAAUCAUCACUAACGGAGACUCUGAACCCAAACACAAAACUAUGCAGUAUCAAGUGCUGAAUGAAGUUGUUGUAGACAGAGGUCCGUCAUCCUACCUCUCUAAUUUGGACUUGUUUCUGGAUGGUCACCUGAUCACCACUGUUCAGGGAGAUGGUGUGAUAGUGUCCACUCCCACAGGAAGCACCGCAUACGCAGUAGCAGCAGGUGCCUCGAUGAUCCAUCCGAACGUUCCAGCCAUCAUGAUCACGCCCAUCUGCCCUCACUCCCUGUCCUUCAGACCCAUCGUCGUGCCUGCUGGCGUUGAGCUCAAGAUUAUGCUGACCCGUGAUGCCAGAAACACGGCCUGGGUGUCUCUCGAUGGCAGGAAACGGCAGGAGAUUGCAUAUGGGGACAGUAUCACCAUCACGUCGUCUUGCUUCCCUGUUCCUUCCAUCUGUUUCCGUGAUCCGGUGAACGACUGGUUCGAGAGUCUGGCCCAAUGUUUACACUGGAACGUUCGCAAGAGACAGAGCCAUCUGAGUUCUGAGGAAGAGUUCUGAACACAUUCCCAGCUUUCCCAACACUAUUACUGAACACAUGUCCUUUUAACAGACUUUUAACAGUGAAUCUCAUAAAACACAAACCGGUCUCAUUUCAUCCGAUUACAAUAUUAUAUUUUGCUUAAAAAAAAAAACUAUUUUGAGGACCAUUAAGACUUUAUGAUAUUUUUCCCCAGAACUUUUUGAGUGUGUGUAAUUCUGAUUAUUCUCAGUACUGUAACAGUCUUUAUUAUUGUAUGACAGUAGAAAACUACUGCUAAACAAUGAUUGUUUUAUUUAAAUAUGCAUAAAUGAAAAACAGUACAAUGACUACAGCCAUGAUGUAUAAAUACUUAAGAGGUUACCCUUUUUUUAUUGGUAAAUUUUCAUUACAGGUAAGCAUUUUUUUUGCAUUACAGUAAUGAGAAUUUUGGGGAAAAGUGUGAAAAAUUCUGAAGGCUUUGUUUUUUUUCCUCCUUGAAAUUUUGGAUGAAAUAUGACCCCAUUAUGCGUGGCCACAUAUUCUUGGCACGUUUUAUGAAAAUUACUUUUUAAUUGACAUCCGUGCAUUCCAUUACAACUUUAAGUGAAGUAACAUGUAUUGUCAGUUUUGGGCUGACAAGGUCAUUUAAAGCAAUAACUGAAUUUCAAUCGAUUAUAUUGUGCCUUAUAGAGCAUUGCAUCAAAGUCAGUCAUUUGGGGGAAAUUUAUUUAUUUAAAAUGUAUCAUACAUCUUGGUUAUCGAUAUAGUACAUAUCUGAGCUUGAAUAUUCACUCUUUUCUUUUUUUCUUUUUUUUUUUUUCUUUAUUAUUGUUCCAUUAUUGUCUUACAGGCCAAGCCGCCUAAUUAACAAUGAAUUCAAUGAGUUUCACAAAAACGACCACAGGAAAAGUGCACACUACAAAAAAAUUCAUUGUGUCCAUGAUCAAUGUACAAAAAUGUGUAAUAUUUUCAAUCAUAAAGACAAACAUAUAAAUCAGGUUCUUUUUUUUUUUUCAGUUCUGCUCUGAAAGUAUUUAAAGAUGGCCUGAAGCAAAUCAAUAACAAUAGUACUUAUCAAGGCUCCUGAAAAUCAUUCAGGUUGAUGUUUUUGUUUGUUUUUGCAAUAGUCUAUUGAAUUAAAAUGUAAGAUUUUUAUAUCAGAAUAUGAGAUAAAACAUUUUGUAACAGCUUCACAAUUUAUCAUUGACCUUUUACUCCGUUUACAUCAUAUCUGAUCUCUGCUUCUGUGUUUUACGACAUGAUGUCAGAAGCCAGGAUUUAUUUACUGUCAGAACUUUUUAUUAUUAAAAAGAACAUUUUCAUAGCAAAAAAAAAA